AUGAAUUCAUAUGAGCACUACAUUGACGGAGGCCUCCAAUAUACCCAACGGGCCACAGAAAAUCGUCGUAUUCUCGAAGAUAACCCCGACUUUGUAGAGGCAGUCCAUAAUGGCCAACACACGUUCUACAAUAUCAGAACUGGUGGGUUCUUUGCAGAUCCAACUGUCGAACACAAUGAGGGCCACAGAAGCCUCGCAUUUGCCUCUGGCUCCUAUAGCUCCCUUGGAAGUGCCGAGACCCAACCGUUUCCAUCGACCCAUCAUCGCGGAGUAAGCUCCAUUCCAGAGUACUCUCCCAGCGGGUCAGAUCCAUCGACAGAAUCCUGGGGCGCUUCACAUGCCUCCCGCGAGUACCGUAACAAGCCAUUAAACACCCCCAAUAGAGCUUGGAAGCGUACCCCUUCGCCGCUACGCCAGGGGAUAAAUGCCGAAAUAAUGCCAGCGGACCUUGCAGCCGAGAUUUUGGAGUGUGUGGAUCUUUAUGAGCCAGCCACGCUUAUGGCAGUUGGGUUGACAUUAGAACACAUUGAAGAGGCAAGACGUGUCCACUACGGCCUUCGGAGAGAGCUGGAUGCUGAAGACCAGGAGCGCGCGGAGGAGUUGUAUGAGCAGGUUGCAGAAUCUGCCCAGAUCCUCACCUCUCCAUAUACAGGUUCAGUGAGCAACCUCUCCUACUACAAGAGUGAGCCGGAGCAUGGAAUGAUCAGACGUUAUAGUAGUUUCAGACGCCCGAUGGAGAGGGUUUCUCGCUUUUGUUCUAGGAUGUUGAAUAAGUCUAAGGUAAGCGAUAACAGUUAUUCUGAGUGA